UGAGUGUGUGUGUGUGUGUGUGUUGUGCAGCUGUGAUUGAUUGCUUGGUCUGCAACCAGGGAGUGCCGUCAGUGUCAUGCAUGCCACGCCGUGAUCGUGAGUGAGGAGACUGCGCCGCCGGCCUGCCUGCCUGCCUGUCUGUCUGGCUGUCUGUCUGGAUGUGUGUGUGAGCUACUAAGGCAUUGGUGUCAUGCACGGCUGCAGCUAGAGACGGACAAACAAACGUAUUUAAAGUCACCCCAUGCACGGCACCAUUCGGGAAACAGCCCAGCCAGCCAGAAGGCGUUAGUUAAUUCCAUUGACUGACAAGAAGGUCCUCUACAUCAUUGCACGUGUGCGUCUUCCUGCGCUGCCGAUAGAAGAGAGAGAUAUGUACAGCUGGGGAUAAAGGUGCAAGCAGCGGUGUGCCAUUCAUUUCGUCUGGCUGGCAUCGACUUGACUCGACUCGUCAGGCCAAGAAAAUCACAAAGAACACCACAAAGAAGACCAGGAUCAAGAAGAUCUGCACGACGCACCCACACGAGAAGCUAGCUGUAGAGAGUGUGUGCAAGUGACACGUAGGUGCGCUCCGACGUGUGUACCUUGAGGAUGAGCCCCCGGUUAGAGGAUAUCCUGUGGAAGUAGUCGAGUAGCGCCGUCUGACCCGCACGCACAUUCGCCAAGGUCGUGUCCACGUCAUCGUCAAUCCUGCAUCCAACCCAAUCAACCGACCAGCCGUCCACCACCACCAAUCCAACGCACACACACACACACACACACCACCAGCUCUGUCAGGACUGCCCCGCCCGUCCUUGUCUCUCACCUUCUUAUCAUCUCGUCCUGCUCCUGCACGAGCCCGGCGACGCGUUGGAAUAUCUGGGCCAACUCACCUAUCACCUUCUGCACGUUCUCCACUGCCUGACCGACAGAGACGACACACACAUUAACAUCAACACGCACGAUGAAAUGAAUGUCAAACAGUCAUGUAAAAGGGAAAGGUUAUGCGGUGCUCCGGCCGAUUGAUUACCUCUGCCCUUGAUGUGUGGUACGUGGUGCCCCGGUCCAAGAGCUGGGUCUGCUGGCCGCUGGUUUGAGAGAAACCAACCAAGGCACACACGCCAUCGAGGGAAGGAAGGAGUAAGUGUUUGUCAUGGCUCCCCCCCCUUACAGCCGCCGUCUGUGGGAGUGGCUGUUGCGUACCCUUCCAUGUCGAUGUUGGCGGCGGCUUCAGGCGACGUGUGCUGGAAGGGGUAGGCACUCGACGCUGACGAACCUGCAGGCAGGCAGGCAGGCAACGGUGCGUUGAAGACAGUGACACGUGUGUGUCAGGGUGCUCACUAGCCAUGGUGUCGCCAUACAUCUUCCGCCUGUUGUCCUGCUUCUUCAUUAUCUGCAGCCAGCACAGCCCAGCACAGCACAGCACGGAACCCGACACGCACAUCAACACCCAUCCAUGGGAUGCCCAAUGCACCCACUCCCACUCCUUUGACGUGCCUCGGUUCUGAGCUGCAGGAUGUCCUUGAAGUCCUUGGUGAGCUCAAGCAGCCUGGUCUUGAGCGCCUCGACGAUGCUGGUGGCGUGCUGCCGCUCGUGGCGGUUGUGGCUGAAGCCCUCCCGCGCUGCCCUGUCCAACGUCUCGAUCUUGGUGUUCAGGCCCGUGAUGGUCUGGGAGAGCCAUGACAGUCCACACGCGCAGAGAUAAUGGUUGGUAGAUGUGCGAGUCCAGCAGUGGCCAGCUGGCUGGCUGAGUCGUCUGACGCACCGACCUGUUUGAUGUCGUAUGUGAGCUCUUGUAUCUGGGCUGUCUUGUCGUUGAAGAUGCCUCGCUGCUUCGCCACUGACACCACACACACACACACACACACACACAGAACAGAACCGAAUUCGCCCUGUGUGAGCUGCCUGCCGUCUUUUGCCUCUCUGCUGCACACUCACAUUUGGCGAGUUCCUGUAGCUUGAGAGAUCCCGUGUGGAUCUCCCUGCCGACUUCAUCAGCCACGACGUUGAAAUGGCUCUCCACGUGCCCCGGCUGCCGUGGCUUGGCCACAUGAGGGAUGUGGGAGCUCAGCUGCUCCGUUAUCUCGAAGAACUCGGCCGUGCGGUCCACACACGCCAUGCUCCAACCAAAGGGCAACUCCAGCUUGGCGGUCAAGGAAGGACCAAAACGAUGGAAGAUCCUGAAACGACUGUCACUCGCUGCCGAACCACGCGACAAGAUCACCAGAUUUUUGAUUGUG